AAAAUAGCUAGUCUAACACCUGUAAUACACAUUAAAAAAAUAUAUAUAUAAGCUCCAGUUUAUCACUCAGUUAGAGUUAAAAAGUGCUUGACUACACUAGCAGCGAUCAUGUCCUCUUCAGACUCUGAAAUAAGCCUGCUUGAUUCUUCUCUUUUGGAUCAUCUCGAUCAAAUCGACAUAUCGGAUUUGGAUAACUAUGUUUUUUCGAGUUCACCUAGUUCUUCGCCCAGUUCUUCACCACCGGUUUUAGAGAGAGCUACAGGCAAGAACAUUCGUCUCUCGACCCGUGAGAGACAGGCUUUGCUUUCUGCAAGGGCUUGCCCGGCGUCAGCUCCCCAGCGUGCCUCGGGCAAAAACCUGAAUCUGUCCACCCGGGAGAGGGAACAGCUGAUCGCGGCGCACGCUCACAGUCCCGGCUUCGGAGCUUCAGCUCCCCAGCGUGCCUCGGGCAAAAACCUGAAUCUGUCCGCCCGGGAGAGGGAACAGCUGAUCGCGGCGCACGCUCACAGUCCCGGCUUCGGAGCUUCUCCUCCUGCAUCGGGGCCAAGACAUUCACAGCCCCUGCCUCGGAGAUCCAAUCUAGGGCAUCUCAGAAGGAAGCGUAGGAGGACCAUUAGGUCCCUCAGGACAAGGCAAACACGCAGACAGCGAAACCAGCUCGCCUCCAUAGCUCUUCGAGCUGUCUCACUGUUCAGUGAAUUAGUACAGCUUAUCUUGUAA